AUGGCGAUUGUCGUCGAGUGUGAUUGCGACUUUAGGAAAGAUCCUCGCGACCGUGUCCUGGGAUCGCGGCUUGACAGCGCCGCCAAACCUGCAGAGUUUGAUACAUGUGCGGCCGAGCGUGCACCAGCUCGAAUUCGUUUUUCGUCUGCGCCCAAGGAUCAGCGACCAGGACGCCUGCAGUGGUGCUGUUCGCAGAUUGUUGCAGGACAGGAGCGGACGCAUGGACGGCAAUCAAACGCUGAGCCUCGCACACGAAGCUCGCAAUAUCUGUUGAUUGAUACGAUCAACUGUCUUCCCUUGAGCCGUCUUACUUGCACGCUCAAGUACAUGCUCCCCUACCGAGUCUCAGUGAUAUUACGUUGGCUAAUGACGGCAGCACUUGCAGACUUCACAGUGAUACAGAGUUACAGCGACGGAGACUUCGAGAACGUUUUUGUUACACAUGCAGCUACAGAGCCCACGCAACCUAUAGGGCAGUGCAUGCGACGACGCGAACCGCAGCAUGCACCAUCUCAUCUUGGAGCAAGGACUCGGGAAUGCGAAAUGCCACUGAGGUGCGUGGGUUUCGGCCGGGUUUUCUUGGAGCCGGGAGAUGGGCAGUACCUGUCAAUCUUCUCCGACAACAGCAGGGUUGAUGCCCAAUCUCAGGGGGCCCGAAAAGAACUGCACUCGCUCGUGCCUGCCGAGGGCUGCAUCCUGUACGUCUCAGUGAUCGACUUGCCGUGUACUGAGAAGAUUUUCGUGUUGCUGGACGCCUUUGCAGCGCCUCGUGAGGGACUAAGGAGCGUAGGCAUGAGGAGCGACAAACUUUACGAAGAGGUUUUCGCUAACCGGGUAUACCUCGGCAAUCCCAAUAUGGUAGAGCGCAUUCCUUAG